AUGAAAAUUUGUGCGUCUUUACUCGUUUCAUGUGUUGCCUUUUUGGCAUUGGCAAGUGCAGAGGCAGCAAAUGAUAGUAAAAUUGCAAGGGCCAGGGUCGAAAGCUGCCCGAGUUGUAAACUCAACAGAUUGCCAGAAGUGAAAGCAUUCAUUUACGAGGACCUUCCGAAAUACGACAAUACGGAGUUUAAGAAAAUUCAGGGGGCGCCCCCCGUCCUCUUAUUUUUAAAUGACGCCGAUGAAAUCGUCGAACAACACUCAUUGGAGAAGUUCAGCCGACAGGAGUGCAACAACUUGCUUAAAAGCAAAGGUUUUAACAUUAAAAACAAGGAGCUGUAA